CAAGUGUGCGUGCGAAAUCAUAUGAUCUUGUAUGACAUCAUUGCUUUGGUUUGUUUUGGUGUCUGGAAACGUGUGGAAGCAACACAAAGAAGCACGCUGCACGAUUUCCGAGAAUGGGAAGCGAAUGGUCGGCGAAGCACCACUCACGACGUUCACAGAUAACCGGCUGUCAUUUUCUCUGAAGGACAUCGCACGCGAUGGGAGCCAAAGCGAGCGUAGCGUCCAGCUCGAGAGACCGACCCUACUACUCGGCGACAGACGUGCGUGACCCAGACUCGUCUAGUCACGUCGAAAGACACGGUGAUGUAUCGGUGGCGACGUCGGCGGCGGCGUCCGGUAACAGUUCCUUCUCCGUCCGGCGCCCCGGCAGCGUGCACCACCGAUCGAACAGCACGUACGCCGAGGGGCUGGCGGAGUUUCGGCAACUGCGGCACGCGCCGCGCGCGACCCGCGGCCGCUUCUUCAGCCUCGGCCUGUCGCCGCGCAAUGACACUCGGACUCGCGGCGGCGGCGGCAGCGGCCGGCUGUUCGGAGAUUCGGACAGCAGUCCCGACGACGACUCCUUUGCGGGACUCGCGCAGUUCAUACACCUCUCGCACUCGCUGCCCGUGCAGCUCGUCUCGUUGGACGGAAUCAAGUGUCCGAUCUGCACGAAGCAGGUGCCGUCGGACGACGUAGAGUGCCACCUGGUAAUGUGCCUGACAAAGCCGCGAAUCAGCUACAACGACGACGUACUGGCAGCUGACAGUGACGAGUGUGCAAUCUGUCUCGACGACAUGCAGCAGGGAGACUCGAUCGCGCGACUGCCCUGCCUCUGCAUUUAUCACAAAGGGUGUAUAGAGGAGUGGUUUCGGAAGAAGCAAGAAUGUCCGAAGCAUCCGGCGGAUUGACCGACGGAUUGACCGACGGAUUGACCGACGGAUUGACCGAC